UGAUACCAGCGAAAAAUUCUCGUGGUUGCGACACGUACAUUUAUGUAGGUUAUUCACUCGGAUAUCUUUAGUGAACUUGCGGCUGAGUCCUUGGACUCCAUAGGGCUGCUUAUUACAGGCCAGGAUGAAAUAAGCUAAACAUAUUAAUUUACAAUCCUUGAGAGUAUGAAUAGGUACCUAAGUUACCAAAAGCCAAAUAGUAAGCCCAGUAGUGCAGUUCCUGGCGCCGACCACUAGAUUAUACGAGAGACCAUAACUCUCUCACGCUUUUCUGGGGCAUCUCACUUUCCUUGUUAUUGCUGCGUUGUUUUUAUAUAUUCUAGUAAUCGUUGGGUAUUUCCGAAAGGCGGCCAUGUGGUUUGGACCGUUCUCUGCGUUCAUAUCGCUCAUAUUCUUGAGCUCCGCCAUUCUUGCACAAGAUCUCCCCGGCCCAGGCGAGCCGGCGCUCGAGUACACCGAUGGCGCGUUCACAGAGCCGAGAGGAUCCCAAGCAACAUACAGAUUGGGAGCAACGAUGAACGUUAGUUGGGAUACGACAUACGAAACUUCGAAUCUUUGGUUGAUCGUUGGCUGGAGCUUCAACUCACCUAUACAACUCGCAUCCAACGUAGGACAGACAUGGUACGAAUGGAAAGUGUCAACCGACUCAACGAAUUCUUCGGAGAUAUACGCAUUUCGCGUGGUCGAUGCGUCUGGCACGACUGAAGAUCAACAAGGAGGUGGAUUUUUGAGCGCGGCUUUUUGGAUCGGUGGUCUACAAACUACUACUUUAUCGUCAACUAUAUCCCAUAUAUCAACAUCCGCCUCCGCACCUGUUACGACCUCUACCUCGACGAGCUCCUCAGUGACAUCUCAGACCCCCGAGAGCACGUCCGAGAGUCAGUCUUCUAGCCUAUCAGACAGCGGUAAGAUCGGUGUUGGUGUAGGAGUGGGAGUGGGAGGUGUGGGUAUCAUUGCCCUCGUUUUAGGAAUAUUGUUCUUCAGACGGUCAAAGAACAGUAGAACACAAGCGGCCGACAGCAUGGAGCCUUAUUCUCAAUCCUCGCAAGCAUUCCCCCCGACACCACAACCGUACCACGGUGCUGCCGACGCGCAAUUUCCUGGCUAUUAUAAGCCGACGGAGCCAAGUGAGAUGGAAGGAGUAGGAACGAGUGCUGAGCUAGACGGAGGACAAAAGGAUAUAUUGACUCCCAGCGCAUACCCAGGCAAUGCUCCUAGACAGCACCCUGCUGAGCUUCAAGGAUGAAUUCUUUUCUAAAGCCAGAGUGAUUUACUUAUAAGAUACCCACGCUUUGAUUUGAAAGAUUUAUUUUUGGUCAUAGGUAGAUAGCCUGCGUGUUCGUUAUGAGUAAUGUAAAUUUCUGAAGCUGCGAGCCAUACGAUAAUAUUUUCGCUUGAAUAAUAUAUUAUUGC